AUGACCGGGACGGAAAAACUUCCCCUCCUCAUCAUAGGGAAGGCCCUGAAGCCUCGUUGCUUCAAAAAUAUCCGUACACUGCCGGCGGAAUACACAGCCAACAGCAAGGCGUGGAUGACGCGGGAGAUAUUCAAACAGUGGCUAAUCAAGCUCGACCGCAGGUUUGAAUUGGCCAACAGACGGGUGCUUCUGAUUGUGGACAAUUGCUCGGCGCACGCGGUUGAUGUGGAACUAAAGGCGAUCAAGCUCGCGUUUCUGCCGCCGAACACAACAGCGGCCCUGCAACCAAUGGACCAGGGCGUCAUUAAUAACCUGAAGUGCUUCUACAGGCGUCACAUGCUCGAGCGUUUGGUGUUGUGCGCCAGUAUGAAAGACUACAAUGUGACGCUGCUCACGGCCAUGCAUAUGUUGGUGCGUGCCUGGGAUCUGGUGACGGCAACAACAGUCGCCAACUGCUUCCGCCACAGUGGCUUUUGCGCACCCGACGAAAGCCCAGGCACAGAAUGCGAGGCCGAGGUCAUCCCUGCCGGACUGCGUGAUGCGCUGGACAAUGUCAGCUUCGACGACUACGUUGACGUAGAUAACAGUGCAGUGGUCUGCGGCACUAUCACCGACGAUGACAUUAUCGCGCAGGUGACUGGCGGAGAAGAGCCCGUCGUCGAAGCAGAUAAGAGCGAUGAACAGGAAGAGGUGCCGACGCGGCCCUCAGCUUCACAACUAUUGGAGGCAAUCGGUGUCGCGCGCCUCUUUUUUAGCUUCGAGGAGGGUGAAGAGGAUGCUUUCUGA